GCCGACAAUUUGAUCCUUCAUUCUCCUCUUCAAUCUUUCAUUUUAUGUUUUAUUCCCUUUUUUUUUUUUCACAUCAAUUCGGUCGUUCACCGUUUAUGAGUUUUGCAUUCAAAGGACGUUUAAAACUUUUCGGAUUCGGAACUGGAGGGGUGUGUUUAUGUUGUCUCAAAGUUUAUUAGAUUAGCGGUAUAAUAAUAAGAGCAAUGCAAAAGGAUCAUGGUUCUAGUGCACCAUCUACGCCUACUUCCGCCCGAUUUCGGCACCGGCGACGUUCCAAUGAGUUUAAUUUUGAGAUGAGCAAAACAAAUGGGAAUCAUUUGCUUAUCAAUGAUCACGACAAAUAUAAAUCGAUGUGGAUUCGUGCAUGUUCAUCUCUGUGGAUGCUGGGGGGCUUCCUUUUGAUUAUCUAUAUGGGGCACCUUUAUAUUUUGGCAAUGGUUGUUGUUAUCCAAAUAUUCAUGGCAAGUGAACUCUUCAAUCUACUCAGAAGAGCUCAUGAAGAUAAACGCUUGCCGGGGUUUAGGAUCUUGAAUUGGCACUUUUACUUCACAGCUAUGCUGUUUGUAUAUGGUCGCAUUCUCAGUCACCAGCUCGUGAACACAGUAACUUCGGACAAAAUUUUCUACAAGCUUGUUAGUAAGCUCAUCAAGUAUCAGAUGGUUAUUUGUUAUUUCUUAUACAUAGCAGGUGUCAUGUGGUUCAUUCUUACACUAAAGAAGAAGAUGUAUAAAUAUCAAUUCGGGCAGUUUGCAUGGACACACAUGAUUCUCAUCGUUGUCUUCACUCAGUCUGCAUUUACCGUAGCCAACAUUUUCGAAGGCAUCUUCUGGUUCCUUCUCCCGGCAUCACUAAUUGCUGUCAAUGAUGUUGCUGCUUAUUUCUUCGGUUUCUUUUUCGGCAAAACUCCUUUGAUCAAGCUAUCUCCUAAGAAAACAUGGGAGGGUUUUAUCGGUGCAUCAGUUGUAACAACAAUCUCGGCAUUUGUGCUUGCAAAUGUCUUUGGUCAUUUUCAGUGGCUGACAUGUCCAAGGAAGGAUUUAUCAACUGGUUGGCUUCUAUGCGAUCCUGGUCCACUUUUUAAGCCAGAGUAUUAUCCUUUGCCAGGAUGGCUUUCUCGAUGGGUGCUGCCAUGGAAAGAAGUAGCAAUUUUACCAGUUCAGUGGCAUGCUCUAUGCCUAAGCUUAUUUGCGUCGAGUAUUGCACCAUUUGGAGGCUUCUUUGCAAGUGGUUUCAAGAGAGCUUUUAAGAUUAAGGAUUUUGGCGAUAGUAUACCCGGACAUGGAGGAUUUACUGACAGAAUGGACUGCCAGAUGGUAAUGGCUGUUUUUGCAUACAUCUAUCAUCAGUCAUUUGUUGUUCCACAAGAUUAUACGGUCGAGAUGAUUAUAAAUGAGAUAUUACGCAGCCUUACUUUGGAGGAGCAGAAUAUUCUAUAUACCAAGUUAGGUCAAAUAUUGCAGGAGAGAAUGGUUGAACUAUAUUGAACAAAAUUCUUACACAAAUGCACUUCGAUUUCCAGCUUUUUUUUUUUUUCGAAUUUUUUUGGAUUGAAGGAGAAUAGUGUACAUUUUUUCUCCCUCGGGUGAUUGCCAGUCGAUCUUUGGAGGUCUCUUGUAUGAUCCAUACGAACGUAGCACGAAGGACUCGGUUGCCGGCGAAGUAGACAGAGGUUUCAGCUGUUAGUGAACUUAGUUUUAUGGCACCAAAGAUUAGAAUGAUCCCUAUUAAUGUUCAUAAUGCAAAUUGAGUGAUGAGAAAAGUGGAACAUAAAAACAGAUAUUUGGUUGAAACUUUGCA